AGUGGAAGAAGAAUUAGUGAAGCGAUGAGACGGCUCUGGCUACAACAAGGACAACUUCUACAAACGCGCAAGUGAUUCAUAAUAUUGCGUCAUAAGUGAAUUAAAAUGAGAAACGAUAACAGCAAAAAUAUAUAUAUAUUUUAAGUAUUUUAUUUAGGAGUCCUUUCGUCUUGAGCUCAGUCAACGACCAUGGAUUAGCUAACGAGCGAGCUAACGUUCUUGUGAGUUUGUUUUGGUGAACGCUUCAGCCGUCUAAAGAGUUGCGUCCUUCUCACGGGGGAAGAACAAAGUGCUGACCAUGGACAAUAGCGCCAUUUAUGUCCGAGAAAGAGGCAACCUCCGUCGUGUCAGUGACAUCGUCCUGGCACAGCCGAAGCCAGUGUCCUCGUGCAGAAGGACGAAUCCGUUUGUGCUGCGGAAAGAGCACUUCAUAUUCACCUACAACGCCGAGGGAAGUCUGCGAUACACCACCAAAUCUCUCUUUGACACCACGCUGCUGUUCGUGGCCGACAACAUCCACCACGUGGACUCUCUGGUGGGCUUCCCCGAGCAGAUAGGAGACCGGCUGUUUGCAGCAGCGGAGGAGAACCGUGUGUUUUUAAACGCAGACGUUUCUCCAAAAGCCCUGCAGCUGUUCGGCGACGCCUACGGGGAGAUGGUGCUCGGCUCCCUCUGUCUGAGAAACAGGUUUCCACUCUUGCACGAGAGGAUGGAGGAAAUUAAAACAUUUCACAGUUUGAAGUCUUUAGACCUGUUUGGCUGCAGACUGGGCGACGACCAUGAGAUAUUCCAGCAUCUAACGUCCAGCUCGUUGUCCAGCAACCUAAUCCAGCUUUUUAUUGGUGGUAACGGCCUGUCGGACGUCGGCCUACAAAGAUUGACCUCACCUAUCCGGAUGCUGAGGAAAGGACUGGACCGUCUCCAGUUACUUGACAUUUCCCAUAACCCCAUCUCAGUGAGGGCUCUACGAUACCUCGCAUGCCUCCCCAAACUUCAACAUCUGGAUGCAUCUGGGACCAGUUUGAAGCUUGGCUCUGCAUUGAAGACGACCAUAUGGGACCUGUUGGGGCUCAUUUAUUCUGAGAUCCCUCUGGACAACUUUGAUCACUCAAGAUGUAAAACAGAAGGUUGGGCCGAGCAGGUUGUGAACCAGUGGGAAACAAAUAGCUCACAAAUGCCCAAGCAGAGGAAAAUGGAUGAAUCCAAAACAUCAGCCCUUCACUUUUUUGGCAGGCAGAAGUUUGUCAGAGAAGUCCUGAAUGCAGCCCCUUUGGUUUGUGAGAGCGAGCCGGAGAGACUGCAUUUCUUCAGACCCGCAGACAAAGAUCACAGACCAGAGAAACAGAAUCCUUCCACGAUAAUUCAUCAAGAGACGCCUUCCCUGCACAAUAUCAAGAAAAGGCAGCAUCGGUCGGAAAAGUGUGACGGUGCAAAUCGAAGUCCUCCAACAAAACGUUUGUCCUCAUCAACUCUUUCUGCGGAGGACAUUGACUUGAUGAACAGCUAUUGAUGAACCCGGCCGCGCAGCACGCCGAGCGGAGCGUGUUUAGCCGGAAACAUUCCGCCUCAAAAGAACAAUGGUUGCUGAUUCACGCUGGUGAACUGCAAACACCUUAUGCACAGGUGGCGUACAUUUUUAUGAAUAAAGUUUAGUAUUAUU